AUGUUGCGAUUAGCAUUUUUGAAAUGGAGGACUUGCAUGAGAGAAGUGCUUGAUGAUCAUCAGUUGUCACUGGAUGACAUGGAUCCUGAGGAUCCACAGUUUAGUUAUUUGAAGUGGUUGGUUAGUCAAGCAGAGAAGAAACACAAGGAAGUGGAUGAAGAUACCGGCGAGAAUUUCGAUCAUCUCUGGCACAAAUUGGGAUCCUAUGCAGAUAAAUGCCGAUCGAAAACUGAUUUAUGGCAUAUGGAACCUGAAACUGUUGUUGGUACAGCUCUCAAAUUCUUUAUGCCAUCCCCAUCGGACACAUCUGCGACAUUUGUGAGAGUUGGAAUUGGGGCCAAUGUUUCUAUCGAGAGAUAUUUCAAAAAGCGAUUAUCACCGGACUCGGAAUUCUACGGAGCUGAUCCAGUUUUCAUGGAAAACUCGCAAAUAUAUUCUCCUAUUGGUAUCUUCUUCCCAUUCGCAGUUGGUAAUGAGACUGGAUUGAAGCAGGCAACACUGAAAUAUUCAACUGAACGAGUUUCAUCGAAAUUUGUCAACCACAUUGGAAUUGAUAUCUUCUUUAAGAACCUCAUACGGAAAGAUAUCAUUGACUACUUGAUUUUCGAGGGAGACGGAGGAGAGUAUGAUAUGAUGGCACAUUUGGCAAAGGAUGGUACUCUGGAUAAGGCGGGGAUCACAGUUUGUCAAAUUAACAUUGAAUAUCAUCUUCCCAAAGAGAUGAAGGAUCCGAGGAAGGAGAUUUUCCGGAAACAUAUCGUUCAAUUUGUUCGAGAUCGAAAAUACACACUGCUCUCGGUCACAAAUAUGGGUAAUCUACGAGUCUUCUGGGUGAACACAUCAUCGUUGGAAUGCGCCAGGCGGUAUUUGGAACGGUUAUUCUCGAAUGAUGUCGAUUUGGUUUGA